AUGGCCAAUGAUACUUCCCCCGCAGAGGCCGACCAGCCCACCGCGGAACCCCAAGUCACCUUUGCUUCAGGCCGAGUCGAACAUCAAGGCCAAGCCGACUCACCUCCAGAUUUGAGAUUGAUUCACUACAAUGACGUCUACCACUUGGACCCGUCGAGUGCUGAGCCCGUCGGUGGUUUGCCAAGGUUCAUCAAGGUGUGCCGCGAGUAUCAAGAAGGCGAACAGUACAAGGACCAGCCCAAAGCAUUGACGCUCUUUUCUGGAGAUGUCUUUAACCCCAGCUUGGAGAGUACAGUGACCAAGGGCCAACACAUGGUUCCCGUCCUCGAUUUGAUUGGGACGGACUGUUCUUGUGUAGGGAACCACGACUUUGACUUUGGUGUCAAACAGUUUGAGCAUCUGUCAAGCCAGAACAAGUUUCCAUGGCUGCUCGCCAACGUCAUUGACCAUGAUAUUGGCGGUGAUACUCCUGUAGGACAUGCUAAGAAGACGCAUAUGAUCACCACCUCGGAUGGUAUCAAGGUUGGUCUUAUUGGCCUAGGUGAACGAGAGUGGCUCGAGACUAUCAACGUUCUACCGCCAAACCUCGAGUACAGAUCUGCCACUGCCGUUGCCAAGGAGCUUGUCCCCCAGCUGCGAGAAGAGGGCGCGGAAAUUGUUAUCUGCCUCAGCCAUAUGCGAGAACCAAAUGACAACAAAUUGGCCGAGCAGACAGAAGGCCUCAUUGACAUCAUACUUGGAGGACACGAUCACUUUUACGCCCACAGCCUCAUCAAUGGAACUCACGUGCUGCGAUCUGGUACCGACUUCAAGAACCUGAGUUACAUUGAAGCUCGCCGCAAAGAAGACGACCCUUCCAAGUGGGACUUUGACAUCUGGCGCAGAGACAUCGUUUCGUCAAUCGAAGAAGACGAGGAAUCGUUGAAGAUUGUGGAAGGACUCACCUCGAAGCUGAACCAGACUUUAGCCAGGCCUGUUGGGUACACGGCUACCCCUCUGGAUGCUCGCUUUAGCACCGUUCGUCUUAAGGAGUCAAACAUAGGAAACUUUGUCUGCGAUGUCAUGCGACAGCAUCAUAAGGCUGACUGCACCAUCAUGGCCUCGGGUACAAUCCGUGCAGAUCAAAUCUACCCUCCCGGACCCAUCCGUAUCAAGGAUAUUACAACAUGCUUCCCCUUUGAGGAUCCCGUCGUGUUGCUAAGAGUGACGGGUCAAGCCAUCUUCGAUGCGUUGGAGAAUAGUGUGGCAAUGUAUCCUGCGCUGGAAGGUCGAUUCCCUCAGGUAUCCAACAUUCGAUUCGAGUUCGACCCCUCGAAGCCUAGAGGGCAGAGAGUUUUGUGGGCGGAGAUUGGCGGAAAGCCAUACGAGCCUGAGAAGCUCUAUGUUCUCUGCACCAGAGGAUACAUGGGACGAGGAAAGGAUGGAUUCACUAGCUUGCUGGUCAAGUCUGAAGGAGGAGAUGCCGAGGAGAUUAUCGACGAAGAGAACGGUAUUCUCAUCUCAGCCAUGCUACGCCAGUACUUUAUGGGUCUUCUCACAGUAGGAAAGUGGAAGAACCUUGCACAACACUGGGUGAAGGUUGCUCAGACUUGCGAAACGCCCGUGUCGCCCACUCGAACUAAAUUUAACGUUGACUUCCCUAACCUCAAGUCGUUGGAAGAGAAGCUACCCAAGGACCAACGCACGGAAAGCGUGACAAAGGACACAAAAGACCCCUGGGGCAGGUUCCUCAAGCGUCGCUUUAGCAUUAACGUGAAGCCUCACGACGAGAACGACAGCAGCGACGAGGAAGUCCACGGGAAGGCCAAGCGCGAGAUCGAAGAUCCUGAAGAUCCUGACGGCACAAAGCUCGAUCGUGAGAUUAUGCUCCUGCGCAAGUUCUUCGCAAAGUGGGCGCUCAAAGCCAAGGUCAAGACUAGCAUCUGCGAUCCCCUCAAAGAGGGCGAGUAUACGGUUGAUUGGACGACGUGUAUUGCGCCUGUGGUUGAAGGGCGAAUUAUCAUGACGGGAGCUUCUACACCGCAAAAAUAG